UCACAUGGACUCAAGUUUUUGAUUAAUGUCCAAAUGCCUGGGUUGCUCAGUUUAAACAGGCAAGUGUAGGAAACCCGGUCUGCCUCACAUCUUUUUUUUUCCAUUCAAGAAAUCUUUUUACGUCUGUUUGUUUUUAUUCCCAAUUUAAUUUUUUUUUUUAGAAAAUCAGGAACCUAAUUCAAGAUUUGUUUACGGCUUCUGUAAAACUUGUUCAGUUGUAACCAUGUAACAUUGAGACGAUUGUUUUUUCAGGAAAUAAAACUGGAAUAAAGUUAAAGGACGCAGCUGCCUACUCGGGAACACUUGAAUAAUUAUUAGCACAAUGACUGAAGAAGGAAAAUCAGAACACAGAGGUGAAAGCGGGAAAGAUUUGGAAAAACAGCUCCGUUUGCGAGUCUGCGUUUUAAAUGAACUUUUGAAGACGGAGAGGGAUUACGUUGGUACACUGGAGUUCCUCUCGGCAUUUCUGCAUCGUCUUAACCAGUAUGCAGCCUCUAAAAUUGAUAAGAAUGUGACAGAGGAGACUGUUAAGAUGCUGUUUUCCAACAUCGAAGAGAUCCUGCUCAUCCACAGAGAAUUCCUCUCCAUGGUGGAGGAGUUGCUACAGCCAGAGCCCGGUGCUCACCAUGAACUGGGACAUUGCUUUCUACAGUUUAGAUAUAGGUUUCAAAUCUACGACGAAUACUGCAGUAACCAUGAAAAGGCACAGAGGCUUUUGCUGGAGCUGAAUAAAAUAAGGACAGUUCGGACAUUUUUACUGAACUGCAUGCUGCUGGGAGGAAGGAAGAAUACUGAGGUACCCCUGGAAGGCUAUCUGGUAGCCCCGAUACAGAGGAUAUGCAAGUAUCCACUUCUCUUGAGGGAGCUAUUGAAGAGGACUCCAAAGAAACACAAUGACUACCCCCUGGUUCAGGAGUCUCUCCAGGUCAUGAAGGCUGUCUGUUCCAACAUCAAUGAAGCCAAGAGGCAGAUGGAGAAGCUGGAGGUCCUGGAAGAGUGGCAGUCCCAUAUCGAGGGAUGGGAGGGUUCCAACAUCACCGAUACGUGUACAGAGAUGCUCAUGCACGGAGUGCUAUUGAAAAUAUCGGCUGGGAACAUACAGGAACGGAUUUUCUUUCUUUUUGAUAACCUGCUGGUGUACUGUAAGAAGAAGAAUAGACGUUUAAAAAACAGCAAGGCAGCUACAGACGGACCUCGUUAUCUGUUCCGAGGCAGAAUCAAUACUGAAGUUAUGGAAGUCGAGAAUGUGGAUGAUGGCACAGCCGAUUACCACAGCAGUGGAAACAUAGUGAACAAUGGCUGGAAGAUACACAACACUGCAAAAAACAAAUGGUUUGUUUGCAUGGCAAAGACACCAGAAGAGAAGCAGGAGUGGCUGGAAGCUAUUCUAAAGGAGCGAGAAAGGAGAAAGAGCCUCAGAUUAGGAAUGGAACAAGAUACCUGGAUGAUGGUGUCUGAGAAAGGAGAGAAGCUCUACAACCUGAUGAGCAAACAGGGAAACCUCAUCAAAGACAGGAAGCGCAAACUUACCACCUUUCCUAAGUGCUUUCUGGGAAGUGAGUUUGUAACCUGGCUGAUGGAGAUUGGAGAAACGGAUAAUCCAGAGGAAGGGGUUCAUCUCGGACAGGCACUGUUGGAAAAUGGCAUCAUCCAUCAUGUUACAGACAAGCACCAGUUCAAGGCUGAACCUGUAUUGUACCGAUUCCGAUAUGAUGAUGGAACAUACCACCCAAGAAGUGACAUGCAGGACGUCAUCUCCAAGGGUGUCAGGCUCUACUGCAGACUUCAUAGUCUUUUCACACCAGUGAUCAGGGACAAGGAUUACCACCUGAGAACAUACAAAUCUGUGGUGAUGGCAAACAAACUCAUAGACUGGCUCAUAGCACAGGGUGAUUGCCGAACAAGAGAGGAAGCGUUGAUCUUGGGGGUUGAGCUUUGUGAUAAUGGAUUCAUGCAUCAUGUGCUGGAGAAAAGUGAAUUUAAAGACGAGCCCCUUUUGUUCCGAUUCUUUGCUGAUGAGGAGAUGGAAGGGUCAAACACCAAGCACAAGCCCAUGAAGCACGAUUUAAAAAUAGUUGAAAAUGUAAUCGCUAAGUCCUUGCUGAUUAAACCAAGUGGGGGUGGAUACGGGUUUUCUUUAGAAGACAGGAAUCGGGUGCCUAUAGUCAAGUCAGUUGAGAAGGGAUCGUACGCAGAGAUGGCUGGUCUGGAGGUGGGGAAGAAAAUCUUUGCCAUCAAUGGGGACCUGGUUUUCCUAAGGCCUUUCCAGGAAGUGGAGUGUUUCCUGAAACAGUGCUUGAAUAGCGGAGGGCCCCUGCGAGUCCUCGUCAGCACAAAGCCCAGAGAGACUGUAAAAAUUCCAGAUUCUGCGGACGGACUAGGAUUCCAGAUUAGGGGCUUUGGGCCAUCCGUUGUGCAUGCAGUUGGCAGAGGCACUGUGGCUGCUGUAGCAGGCCUUCACCCUGGCCAGUGUAUAAUCAAGGUCAACGGGAUUAAUGUCAGCAAGGAGAGCCAUGCCAGUGUCAUUGCCCAUGUCACAGCGUGUCGGAAAUACAGACGGCCAUCCCAGCAAGAUUCUAUAAAGUGGGUGUACAACAGCAGGGACAGCGCUCAAGAAGACCAGCAGAAAGCACACUUGAAGCCUUGUGCAGAAGACAGUGGUGAUGUGUUUGAGUGCAAAGUGGAAGAGGUGAUGGACAAAUUCAACACCAUUGCCAUAAUUGAUGGGAAGAAGGACCAUGUGAGCCUGACCGUGGACAAUGUGCAGCUGGAAUAUGGAGUGGUGUAUGAGUACGACAGCACGGCUGGGAUUAAAUGCCACGUUCUUGAGAAGAUGGUUGAGCCCAAGGGUUUUUUUGGGCUAACCGCAAAGAUUCUUGAAGCUUUAGCUAAGAGUGAUGACCAGUUUGUCCAGACCUGUGGGAGGCUGAGCUCCAUCAAUGAUGGGAUCCCAGAAGACCUCCAGGCCAGCUUUGCUGUCAUGUGCAAUGAAAGAAUUGAGCACAUCAACAGGAGAAUAACCAACUAUAGAAAGUUUUCCCGAGUGCUGAAGAACCGAGCCUGGCCAACCUUCAAGCAGGCCAAGACCAAGGUUUCCCCUCUGCACAGCAGUGACUUCUGCCCCACCAACUGCCAUAUCAAUGUGAUGGAGGUGUCUUAUCCCAAAACCACCACCUCCCUGGGAAGUGCCUUUGGUGUCCAGCUGGAUAACCGGAAAAACUCCACGCUAGAGAAAGUGAUCAAGAAUGCAGAACAAGGGAAGUUAAACCCCAUGGUUUACAUCCAGCACACCAUCACCACCAUGGCCGCCCCCUCUGGUCACAGCCUGGGGCGGGCAGAGGGUCACGGCCUGCGCUUCCUGCUACGAGAGGAGGACCUGGUCACCCUGGACGCCUACCAGAAGCUGCUCAGCAAGCUGCAGACUGUGGUGAAGGAGAUGGAGUGCUACGCCUGUCAGAUACACGACCUCCUCUCCUCCAUCACCCACCCCCCAGCGACAGAGGCGAAGACGCCGGAGGCCUACAUCACCGCUGACGCCGAGGGCGAGAAGGGCGAGCGCAAUGGCAAGAAGGUCUGCUUCAACGUGGCCGGGGACGAGCAGGAGGACUCGGGUCACGACACCAUCAGCAACCGAGACUCAUAUAGUGACUGUAACAGUAACAGGAACUCAAUAGCCUCCUUCACUAGCAUCUGCAGCAGCCACUGCAGCUCAUACGUCCACAGUGAUGAGAUGGACUCAGGAGAUGAGUUGCCGGUCAACGUAUGGAUUUCUCAUGACAAACAAAAGAAAUUACAUGGAUUUCUAGAACAUCUCUUUAGCCAGGUUGAGUCUAUAAUGAGUCUACUGAAGGGUGUGGUUGUAGCUCGAGUCUUUGAGCAAACAAAGUGCUUCACUCCAGGCCGAGGCCUACAAGAAUUCCAGCAAGAGAUGGAGCCUAAGGUCAACUGCACCAAGAAACUCCGGCUUCACAUCAAACAGGAUCCUUGGAAUCUCCCCAGCAGUGUCCAGAGCCUAACGCAGACCAUCGCCAAGUUUGUUGAAGAGGUGAAGGCACGAUUGCUGUUGGUUCUACUUCAGUAUACAGACUCUGAGAUUCAGCUGAGACGAGAUAUGGUAUUCUGCCAGAGCCUGGUGGCUGCAGUCUGUGCGUUUUCAGAGCAGCUAGUGGCGGUCCUGAAUCAGACACACAACACCAGCAAGGAGUAUGAAACAGAAACUCAGGAGGCCAGCAAAAGGUGGCUGGAGCAGAUAGCCAGUGCAGGCCUGCUGUUCCACUUCCAGUCACUGCUGUCCCCCAAUCUGAUGGAUGAGCAGGCUAUGUUGGAAGACACACAGGUGGCCCUAAUAGACCUUGAAAAGGUGACUUUCUACUUUCGACAGUUUGAAGGGGAACCAUUGGUGGCAAAUAUGCCUAUCUCAUACCAGGUGGAGGGGACUCGUCAGGCCCUGAAGGUUUACUUCUAUCUUGAAAGUUAUAACUUUAACCAACUUCCACAAAGACUUAAGAACGGCGGGGGAUUCAAAUUGUACCCAGUCCUCUUCACCCAGGCACUGGAAAGUAUGGAAGGAUACUACUACAGAGACAACGUAUCUGUGGAAGAAUUUCAAGCCCAGAUUAAUGCAGCUGCGUUGGAAAAGGUUAAGCAGUACUACCAGAGGCUCAGGGCUUUCUAUCUUGACAAGUCCAAUUUGCCUCCAAGCUCAACACCGAAAGCGGCCUUAAUUGACAAGCUGAUGCGGCCUCUCAAUCCCCUGGAUGAGCUGUAUCGAUUGAUGGAGUCUUUCAUCAGCUGUAAGCGCACAGCAGCUUGCCAGUUCACUGCCUGUGGGGCCUCAGGGGUGGGUCUGCUGUCAGUGGCUUCGGAGCUCUGUAACCGUCUGGGAGCCUGUCAUAUCAUGAUGUGCAACAGCGGCGUGCACCGGUGCACCCUGAGUGUCACGCUGGAGCAGGCCAUCCUGCUGGCAAGGAGCCACGGGUUACCUCCCCGCUGCAUCAUGCAAGCCACCGACGUCAUGAGGAAACAGGGAGCAAGAGUCCAAAACUCCGCCAAGAACCUGGGAGUGAGGGAUCGUACUCCUCAGUCUGUGCCCAGGUUGUACAAGCUCUGCCAACCUCCUCCUCCAGAUGGAGACCCAUGAAGACACCUUCUUCAGACCCAGCCGGGUUCCAGCACAGGACCUGUGUCUAGUGGCAGGCAGCACCUGUAACAGCACUGGGCCAGAGGUCUGGCUUAGCAAAAGCUUACCAUCAGGGCCUGAGGCUGACCCUUUGUUUUCUGCUCUUUCCCUUAUAGGAAUUACAGUACUUAAUGUAAACAGAAGAAUUAUGUGUAGCUGCCUCUCUGUACUUUAUUUUUAAAAUACACAUACCGGAUCUCAUUUGGAUCAUCGUUGUGUCUCUGCGACAUUACAUCUCAGUUUAGUUCUUCGCUUUUUGAAUUUUGUAGAAAGAAAUAACCACUCCAAACUAAAAAAAAAAGCAGUUUCUCACACAGACUCAAGCUAAUCAGGUAUUUGUUGGCUUUGAGCGUGCUGAACCAUCUCAAAGCAGGGAUAAGAAGGGAUAAUAAAGUGAAGCUAAACUGGCUUCCCAGUAAUCAUCUAAUCACCUUUCAAUUUCCUGUUAAGCAUCAUCCUUCAUUUUUACAUAAUAACCUAUAUGCUGCUGUGAAAUGACAGUCGCAUUGUAUGUUCCUUGGCAGUGCCUUAAAAAUAUAUUGGAUUUAGUACAUUUUAAAUAAACUUUAAAUAGUAUUAUGCUUUUCUAUGUUGUACUAAGCUGUUGUAAAUAGGUUUUAAAUAUAUAUCCAGGACCAAAACGUUUUUCAAGAGUCAAUAUUUGUUAAGCAGAUGUAUCACUAGCAAUGUAGGUUAUUUUUAUUACUAUGCAAAUAGAGGAGAGCAGAGAUUUAAUAACUUUUGAAGACUUUAGAUUCUGUGUUAACUCUUUUCUAAACGUUUCCUCAUAAUAUGCUGUAAACAAAAGUAACAGUUAAAUAAAAAUGGUGUAUAACAAAAGGGUCUCUGAUGUAGCAGCUCCUAAAUUGUUUUAAAUUGCAAACAUUUUAUAAAGCAAUUAAGAAAUGUAAAGAUGUGAAACUGUAAAAAAAAAUAGUAGCUCUGUUUGUUAUAAUGCAUAGGAUGAUAAUUUAUUUUGUUUUAUAAAACAAACUUGUACUAGGACAUGUAUUCAUGGUUUUGUUUUUUCUUCAACUUUCAAUUGAUGUGUAUGUUUGCUUUUAGCAUACUUUUAAUAUAUAAUGUCAUGCUUUAGUUAUUAAUUUUAAUUAAACACAUUAAGAUGUUUACACUUUGUUUUCAUCUCACUUCAAGUCCGAGGUUCAAAACCCUGGGAUUGAGUAAUUUCAUAAGUACCUUUGGAGGAAUAACCAGUCAUACCAAAGCUAUAACUUCGAAGGGCUGGAGACUGAGCCAAUUUAAACCCCUGGUACAGUAUGUACAGUAAGUUGAAUCAUUUUCACAUAAACCUUAUACUGACACAUCAUGUGGAGUUUCAUUUAAUUGGAUAGAGGAGUGAAAAUCAGUGAUGAUCAAUGGUUAGUCCCCACAAAUACAGGGAUACAAAUUUGUCUUUUUUAUAUUGUUUGAAGGCUAAAGUUAGAUUGAAUACUUCCUGUUUAAAGUAUACACUACACAUAAUAGGAAGGCUCAAAUUGAACACAAUUCAUUAUCGUGAAACUGCACAUACAGUACAGUAACCAUACAGCAUAAGUUAGUAUUUAGAAACUUUUGGACUUUUUGAAAUUUCCUCAGUGUAAAAAAGGUCCCUGUUUCAGUGAAAUAUUGCUUAUUGCUCCACCAGCUGUAGUGACAGAUCACCUUUCUAAAACACUUAUGUAUUGUAUCAGCAUUAAGAAGGUUAUAGUUCUGUUAACCAGUUAACCUUGUUCUAAAAAUCCAAUUAAACACAAAUAAUUUAAAUGGACGUAAAAAGUGUCCAAAUUAAAUGGAUUUUGUUGAUUAUUUAUACAAGAUCUUUAUUUGGAAAUCAUUCAUCCUGAUCCAUUUUCAUGUAGAAUAUUGUUACUGCUUUGUGAGUAUGUUCAUUCUUUUGCUCCAGACCUAUUUCUCUGGGCACAUGAUGAGCUGUGUCAUUAUCAUUUCAGUUGUGCUUUAAAAUGAGACAGUUUAUCUUCAGGGGAAAAAUGGAAUUAAUUUAGUUUUCAUUCAAAUGUUACAUAGCUAAAGAAAGAGAUGAAAUUAUAUGAUAUCUGUAUCGGUGUACUCCUCUCACCCCAAUUGUAAUCAUUUUCUUCUAAAAAUAAAGCAACAGUAGAUAUAUUAAGCAGAUCCUCAAAGACCUGUAUGGAAUUCUGAAACUCACGGAAGGGAUUGUGAUCAAAAUUUCAUACAUAAUGGCUG